AGAGAGAGAGAGAGAGAGAGAGAGAGAGAGAGAUGGAGAUGGAGAUGGAGAUGGAGAUGGAGAGAAGCUUGGCGGCGAUGGACUCAUCUCCGACUGGAACUACGGCGGUGGCGGUGGCGGUGGCGGAAAUACUUGGGAAUGGGGACGUGGAAGGAGGUUUGGGUGGAAAAGGGGAGGAUCGGGUGAAGGGACCGUGGUCGCCGGAGGAGGACGCCAUCCUGAGUCGCCUUGUGAGCAAGUUUGGUGCUAGGAACUGGUCCCUUAUCGCCAAAGGAAUUCCUGGACGCUCCGGGAAGUCUUGCCGCCUCCGAUGGUGUAAUCAGCUUGAUCCUGGGGUCAAGCGCAAGCCCUUCACUGAGGAAGAAGACAGGAUUAUAGUGGCAGCGCAUGCUAUACAUGGCAACAAAUGGGCAUUCAUUGCAAGGCUCUUAGAUGGGAGAACAGACAAUGCAAUCAAGAAUCACUGGAAUUCUACUCUGAGACGCAAAUGUCGUGAUGUUGUCCAGUUUAAGGUAGAACAUGAUGAUUUGGAGGAUGCUAGUGUAGAAAAAAAUAAGGGACUUUCUGAAGAAUCACCAUCUGUUGUUGAUGGGCUGCCCUUAAAGCCAUUGGAAGGAAUGAAUGCUGUUAAUUCAAAGGAAACCAUCACCAAUCAUUUUAAUGACAAGGUCGAAAUGCCAAGCAACACUUUUACUCCUGAAGCAAAAGACCCCCCUUACCUACAUAGGCCAAUUGCAAGAAUAAGUGCCUUCAAUCCUUAUAAUUGCCUUUCUGGCAAGCCAAACUGUUCCUCUUCAAGACCAGUUCCAGCUUAUGAGCAAUUGUUCCAAGCAUCCAGACCUGGUGGAGGGUUUUGCAAAUUUGUCAAUAGCUUGUAUGGGGAGCCCCAGGUACCAACCAGAUGUGGACAUGGUUGUUGUGAAACUCAAAAUGGCCUUCAUUUGAAGGAAUCUUUGUUAGGCCCUGAAUUCGUUGAGUUUGUUGAGCCACCUGCUAUCUCAAGUCAUGAAUUAGCUUCCAUAGCUGCAGAGUUGAGCAACAUUGCAUGGACAAAAAGUGGCUUACCAAGCAGUAAAGCUAAGGUUUUUCAUUGUUCACCAGGUCAGGUAUCAUUGUGAUGUUAUGCUAGGAAGGAGCGAUAAGGACCUCAUUUUCCAGUAUAACAGUAAAAAUUAAUCGUUGCACACGAUGUAUGUUUCAACAAUGAUGAGGCGAGCAGACAUUCAAUUAGCAGCGAAUGGAUCGGUCUUCUGGUGCUGAUGGUAGCAGAUGUCACUUUGGUCAUGCUUAGGGUUGGUGUGAAGGGUUUCUUGGUUUGGCAGUUGGACAUACUUGUCUUCUGCUUGGAGAGAAUUUUUGGCACCUCUGAAGGUCUCAAUGGCUUCUUUACUUAUAGCAAUGUAUUAGAGAACCUAGAGUUCUGCUCAAUAUUAUGAAGUUCUAGAAUCUCUUUCUUCAUAUGCUCUGCAUUUUAUGUUUCGGUUCAGAUUGUCUCAAACAAUUUUUAUACCAGAUCCUUUCUCUCUUUUUCAUGCUUUCAAAAGAUAAUUAUAUUUGUUCGGCAUAGUUGUUAUGUUUAACAUGCGGACUUGUUGUAAUUUGUAAUCAUGAUUUUCCCCAUGAGCUUGUCAACCGGAGUGUGGAAACCUCUCCUAUUUUGGAUGAUUCAAUCUAUAAAGGUUAGAGAAUGAUGCCCACUGACUGCUAUGGCACUUCAUUUGGGGUUGUUGGUUGUCAUCUUUAUGUUUACAUCAAUCAAGAGUAUAUUUUCUUAAUGGAUACAAUUGCUAGAGAGCUUUUGAUUUCUGUUUAUCUCUCUUGUUUGAUUGCUAAACUGAAAACAGUAAUCCUGCUGAUUCCUUGUCAAAUCAGUACUGUUCCUCAAGUUUCUAUUUACAGCUUUGAUGGCUUUCAAACCUUGCUACUGUUUAAAAGGCCAGGGUUGGUGUUCUGUCCUUAUCUCAGCUGAGCAAGCCUAAGCUACCCCAGAUGAACAUUGAGGAGUGGGACCUUCUUGAUCACCACCUAAUUAGUAUGUAAUCCUCUGCUUUCUUUUCUACUUGUUAGUGUACCACACGUAGCCUCAAGCUAUAUUCACUGCCAGGCCUAGUCACUGAAAACCACAUUGAAGUGCACAUGGUCAUGGACGCUAAGAAACUGGAGAUUCUAUCCCAAAGUUUUUUUUCUGCUUUCCAAUUAUUCCUCUGCACUUGAACUGCUUCCAAGCUCUAUCUUUCCUUCAUUUCAUGAUGUUUUGCCUUCUAUUCUUCCAUUUUAACUCUUGCAAUUUCUCAUCAUGCAUGUACCCUUUUAUUCUCUUUAAUGUCAGCCAUCAGAAAUGAAUAUAGUUAUUUGGCUGUUUGGUUGUUGUGAUUAGACAUAAAAAGCAGUUUGAUAUCAAUCUGAGUACAUCCCCUCCUAUUUUGCAGUCUUCAGUUUCUUCUUUUAUUUUCAGCUUUAAUAUUGUAUCUGUUGGUCAUGGGUGAAAUCAGUCAUGAUCAAUCAUAAAAGAGUGUUGAACUUGUAUAAGCUCUUGUUCCAGAUCACUUGCUAUAUUGAUUGUGAUCAUAUCUCUAUUGUUGAGUUUCAUUGGUUUAGCUGAAACUAAUGUUGUGCUUUAUGGUAACCACUACCAGCAGUGCCACAAACAAAGCAACUGCUACCACUCAUGUGCUAAACCAUGAUAUUAUUAUUAUUAUUAUUAUUAUUAUUAUUAUUAUUAUUUUAUUUUAUUUUUUUUGGUUCAUAUAAAUCAUCUGUAUGAUAUUUUUUUUGGCUUUGCAAAUACUUCUUAAUUUGUGAGUUUCAUUGGUUUAGCUAAAAGUACUACCAGUGGUGCCACAAACAAAGGAACUGCUACUGACCACAUGGGAAGCAGGAGCAAGAAAAUAGGAGGGGGGCCUUCUUUCAAAAGAAAAGGACAAGGAGUAAAGAGGAGGCAAAAGGAUUUUUACAGUUUUAUCAACUAUUUUAAAUUUUCAAAUUAUUAAAUAUAUAUAUAUAUAUAUAGUUUUGUAGAACUAUCAAUAAACCAGGAGUCUCAUGUAAAACCAAAAAAUUUU